GGGAAGAGAGGAAAGGCGGCGGGGUGGGGGUGGGGGGCUGGAGAAGUGGUUUUAAUUCGAAGCGUGUUGCUCCAUGGCUUGGGAGCGGAGGCGGCCCGGCGUCUUCCCCCGCCCACCUUCCUUAUCCAUCUCAUAAUCCCGAAGAGUUUUGCGACUGGGGAGAUUUAAAGCGAAAUGGUCACUCGAUGCUUCCCGCCCGGAGAGUGAGCGAGAGAGCGCCUUCAUAAUCCCCCGAGGCCCCCCUCACACGCCCCGCCUCGCGUGGGUUUAGCGCCACUCGGAGACCCUUCAUGCGGUGUGAGGGGGACGAGGCUCGCCGACCCGGGUCAGACUGACAUGAGCGGUAUCUGUUUCUUGGGGCCAGCGAGUUGUGUCGCCUUGUCUUUCGGGACGGCUGCCCGCUUGAUAUAUACGGCGUAACUCUCAGAAAGAGUUGAGACUCUCCUUCUCCCGCUCCCCUCCUUCCCAGACAAAGUGCUGGGAGGGGAGAGAGGGAGAGGCUGCGCCCCACCCCCCUCCCCUCACCCCAUAUACACAUACAUUAAGUCGCCCCCGGGGAAUUCGUGACCCGCUUUGCUGGCUGCUUUCUCCAUUCUGGAACUGGCGGUUGUUUAAAGGGAGAGAUUUGCAUCAUUCUUCAGGCUGUCUUCCUCCCACUCCAGAUCGAAGUUCCUUUAUUUUGCUUUAAACCGGGCAAAGGGCUCGACCGCUCCAUCUGGCUUAAGUGUGCAAAUCUCUAGCCCUGAAAGCAGAUCAGAAAUUCUCGGGGCAGUCUUUGCAAGAGCACAACGAAGAUCGCCUUCCACAACAACUCUACUUCUUGAUAACCAACAAGCUGGAAAACCAUGUUUCACAAAGAUAUGUUGUUGGAAAUGGAAGAAGGCUCAACACAGUCUCGGACAGAACAGGAUAUGACUGCAAACAAUUGAUCCAGAAUUUUGUAACUGGCAUUGUAGAGAAAUUAGUUCUUGCUGCAUCGUUAAUAAGUUCAAUGAACUCCUCUUGUGCUGCCUCAGGAACAUCUUCAACUUUGACUGUGAAUGGGCUUCUGGCUAGUGCAAAUGGAGUGUCAGACACUGAAUCAUGCCGUUAGUCAAAAGGAACAUUGAACCUCGACACCUCUGCAGAGGAGCUCUGCCUGAGGGAAUUACUAGUGAAUUAGAAUGUGUAACCAAUAGUACUCUUGCUGCUAUCAUACGCCAGCUAAGCAGCCUAAGCAAACAUGCUGAAGACAUAUUUGGUGAGUUGUUUAAUGAGGCCAACAACUUCUACAUCAGGGCAAAUUCCCUUCAAGACAGAAUUGACCGCCUUGCUGUCAAAGUCACCCAGCUGGAUUCAACUGUGGAAGAAGUGUCAUUACAGGAUAUCAACAUGAAAAAAGCAUUCAAAAGUUCUACAGUACAAGACCAGCAAGUGGUUUCAAAGAACAGCAUCCCCAAUCCUGUAGCUGAUAUUUAUAAUCGGAGUGACAAACCACCUCCAUUGAAUAUCCUUACUUCAUAUAGAGAUGAUAAAAAGGAUGGGCUGAAGUUCUAUACUGAUCCCUCUUAUUUCUUUGACCUAUGGAAAGAAAAAAUGUUACAAGAUACAGAAGACAAACGAAAAGAGAAGAGACGCCAAAAGGAGCAAAAGCGUAUAGAUGGCACAACUCGUGAGGUGAAAAAGGUUAGAAAAGCAAGGAACAGGCGCCAGGAAUGGAAUAUGAUGGCAUAUGACAAAGAGCUUAGACCAGACAACAGGUUGUCUCAAAGUAUAUACCAUGGAGCAUCAUCCGAGGGAUCUCUGUCCCCUGAUACUAGAUCUCAUGCCUCAGAUGUUACCAGCUAUUCAUAUCCUGCUACUCCAAAUCAUUCCCUCCAUCAGCAGCCAAUGAUGCCUUCAUAUGGAGCAGGAGAUGGAGCUCAGUACAUGCUUGCAAACCAGGGCCUUGAGCAUGAAUUUAGGCCACCUUCUACAACAGUGCGGCAUGCUACCUUAAACAGACCUCAACAGCCACCUCCACCCCCACCCCAAGCCGUAGAUGGAUCCCUAGGGACUGUGUCAUUGGUACCAGCUGAUUAUGGGAUGCUUGCAGCUCAGAUGGUGGAUUAUUACAAUCCUUCAGGACCCCCGCCGCCUCCCCCUCCACCCAUGAUUCCUUCUGCACAGACCGCUUUUGUUAGUCCUCUCCAAAUCCCUGUGCUACCUUCCCAUCCUGGACUAGUGACUGGAUCUAUAUAUUCUGCUGCUCUUCAUCCUCCUUCUACUGGGCUUGUUGUUACAGCUCCCCCUCCUCCAGGCCCGCCUCCUCCCCCUCCAGGCCCUCCUGCUGCAGGAUCCUCUCUCUCAUCCUCUCCGAUGCAUGCGCCUGCACUGGCUGAAGCAAAGCGGCAUGAGCCCACACAAUCACCCAUCAGUGAUGCUCGAAGUGAUCUUCUGGCUGCUAUUCGGAUGGGAAUCCAGUUGAAAAAAGUACAAGAGCAGCGUGAACAAGAAGCUAAGCGUGAACCUGUUGGAAAUGAUGUGGCCACAAUUCUUUCCAGACGCAUUGCUGUGGAGUACAGCGAUUCAGAAGAUGAUUCGGAAUGUGAUGAAAAUGACUGGUCAGACUGAAAACUGGAGAACCAAAGCAUUCUAUUAAUUUCUUAAGGAAAUUGUUCAUGUUGUGUAGGCACUGAUAUAUGUUGAAACAGGUUAAUUAAAUUGAUGGUAUGCAGGAUGCUGUCAGUAAGUUUGGUGAUAAUAUAGAACUCUUUUAUUUUCAGUAUUUACUGCAUAAUACUGUAUACAAGUGCCACUGAAUGUAGCAAAUCAUGUUCUGCCCCAAGAGAAGGCAGUGUUUGUUCUUGGCCAGGAGUACAUGUAAGUUAUUUAGAUUGUUUGAAUAUUAACACCAAUUUCCCCAGGUACUUGGAAAUCUUUCAAAGCAGGUGCUUGAUCUUGGAGCACAACAUGGCAGAACAAUGUCCUCCACCAUAAAAUGUCACUAAUUUGCAUUUUUGGUCUAGCUUCAUGGAGAAUACGUAUAAAACUGGUAGCAGUUAAAUGUUUCUUGUUUAUUUUUAAAUCUUACUCUGUCCGUCCCAUAUAUUGUGAGUUUAUUUUUAGCAUCAUAGCUACACUUUAAAAUAAUCAGGUGCUGGAGCCAUACUGACAUUGUUAGUGAAUAAUUGGGUGGCAUUAGGUUAAGUGCUGAAUUCCCUCCCCUUAUUUAUCUGUUUGUUUGUUUGUUUAGUUUUCAUAAUCAGCUUUAGAAAAUAAUAUAGUUGUAACAGGCAUAUUCAAGCAUAUGGUUAAAUGGAUCCUAAAAUGGAAAUCAUACUUCUCUUAGGAGUUGUUGAGCUCAAAAGGUAAGGUUUGUUGAGAACCAUGUUCAAGCUGUGUCUGGCUCAUGGGUGACUGGACAAAUUCUUUAUAGUUACAGCACCUAAAUAAAUUUCACCUCAAGUUGAUAAAAAUAAUUUUGUUACCUCUCAUAUGGUUUACAGUGCUGCAUUUAUUACAUGUGGAUAGACAUGUAAUGCCUUUGUCAGCUUAAGAGUGCAGUUGUGUCAUAUUUAUUUUUGUAUGCCCCUUUUUUAAAAAGUGGCAGUUAUAAUCUACAUUUUCAAUCUUAUAUAAUAUUUCAUUUUUAAAGGCUGUUUUCAUGUUUUCUUUCAGUUCUUAGUUAUUCACAAUUCAGUACUGUAUUGAAACUAAUUUCCUUUCUUGGCUAUGAUUCAGGAUCUUGUUAUGCUUGAUUAUGUUUCACAGAAUUGAAGGUUAGAAGCAGUCAGUGCUGGCUUUGGCUUUUGUUUGUGGGUAUUUUUGGGGGGUGGGGGUGGGGUGAGACCAGGCAAGUUGCCCUGAAUGGUCCAUGUAUUUAAAGGUGCCUGCAGUUGCCUAGAGGGGAAAAGCAAGGUGAACAGAGGUUGCUCCUCUUCCUCUUUGCUCCUGUCACUAUAUGCUUGCUUAGGAGGAGACAGAUGACUAGGUAGCAAUAGCAAAGUGUAGGAGUAGUGGAGGUCUGGGGUUGUCAGCCCUCUGUUGGAGUGUGGGCUUCAGCAGUGCUAGUCCCUGAUUCCAGCCCUAGAAACAAUCCAUUGAAAGCUGUUGCUGCACAAUUAGAUUUGUGUUAAGCUUGGUGGGUGGGGGUUGAUAGAUCACUUCUAAAUAAGUGAGAAAAAUGGAGUAAUUCACAUCCAAUAAGCUUAAGUAGUUUUGCUUUGGGACAUGAAGCAGUUUCCUUCAUCCACAAUCUCUUUGAAUUCCGGUUUCUUCCAUUCCUUAGCCCUAUCAAAUGAAAGAGAAGACAAAUAGUCUCAGAGAUGAAGAGAACUGCUGUGUGAUGGCUGUUGUUAAAUAGGACUCUGGAAUAGAGAGUUGUCACCACCAGUCCAAGAAAAUGUAAUCUUGGCCCAAGCAAGCUUAUUUAUUCUCUUCUUUCCCCACCUAUUCUACCUUGACUUAAAAAACAGUCUUACAAAUUGUAAUAACAUUCUAAAGUAGCUGUUGCUAAACUUUUAUAUAUGAUAUAAAAUCUCUUUUCUGUACAGCAACCACUCAGUAGGAACACAGAAUAUAAGUUGUUUUUU